AUGUAUCGCAGUCUGACUGGAGGUGAUUACCCACAGGACAUGUCACUUCCAAUUUUGACAUAUCCUCGGGCUGGGCAACUUCCAGUAACAAGUGAUGUUACCAAUGAGACAGUAGAAAGCCUCAAGGCAGGCCUAGCUGUUCCAAAGCCAAAUAGCGAUGACAAAGUACGAAUCAUAAGACCCGCAAAGCUCAGACGGCGACCAAAGCCAGCAAAGGUUGACAAGGGGGAUGGCCCAAAAGUUGAUGCACCAUUAAGUGAACUGACGAAGAAUAUGCCACAUAUUCCAAUCCGUGACAUGGAAGCUUGGGUGAAUCGUUCUGCAGAGACUCGACUGAAAGAAGUGAAGAUGAAGAAUGGCAAGAUUGCACGACCAAUGAACUCAUUCAUGCUAUAUCGAUCAGCAUACGCAGAGCGAACAAAACAGUGGUGCGCGCAGAAUAACCACCAAGUCGUCUCACGAGCCUCUGGACAGAGCUGGCCCCUUGAACCGCGUGAAAUCCGAGAUCGAUAUGAACGAUACGCAACCAUUGAGCGAGAUAACCACCACAAAGCCCAUCCGGAUUACAAGUUCGCACCGAACAAGAAUCAAAAUACACCCAAGCAACAGAGUGGUGCCAAAAACCAGACCACCCCGACUAAGAGAAAGCGUUCUCACGAAGAAGAGCUCAGUGACUUUGAAGACCAAGGCCUUGAUAUCACCUCCUACCCCCGUCAAGCCAACCGACGACGAGCCUUCGGUCCCAGCAGUGACGUUAACCGCAGCCGAACUUCGACACCAGGCGAUGACAGCACAUAUGAAAGCCGUCACCCCACUCCCAUGGGUCACACACAUGCUGACAUGUACCAGAAUGGAGAUGCAAACCGCUCAUCGUGGGAGAUGAUCAACCCUGGCAGACCUCACCCUGGUAUCCUAUCUCCACCACAACAGACACAUUACUACCAGCCAUCUAUACACCAAAGCCUCCUAGGAUCGAAUAUCGAGGACGUGACGUAUAAGAAGAUCGGAAUUCCAGGAGGAGUGAACUAUGAAGCCGCCGGACCAAUGACUAGCAUGCCAGGCAACCCUCAUCCAGAGCUUCUUCAGCCACAGCCACUCUCCCAUAAUAGACUCGCCGUCUCCAUGAGUGAAGUCCAAGUCGAUCCCCAGUUGCUGGCCUUCGACCAGUCGCAUACUCCACUCCCAGCGGAUAACAACGGUGGCUUUGGAGGCCAAACCGACUUUUGGCAAUUUCCUCCAUCAAACAACAACUAUGUCCAUGGUUACAUGUCUGGGCCUGAAACAGACCAAUACCAUCACGCCGCACUUCCGCCAUCGUCAAUGGCUGGGUUGAUGACUGACCGCGAGAUGUGGGGUGAUACUCAAGGGUUACCUCCGCCAACAUGCGAGGAGUUGAAUGAAUGGUUCAGCGGAUCGACUGUAAACUGA